UAUAGCAGGCUCGAACGAAUGAACCAUUUGGGCGGCCCAAAGUCUGGGAGCCCCUUCUGAACAAACAUUUCGGUUGCAAUGGCUCGUUGUGUAUGUGUGCCCCAUAUUAUGUCGGGGUGGGAGGAGAUACACAAACCCUCCCCCCAAAACCCCCUAGAAAAUUCUAUCUACACCGCUAUCUCAACCACAUCAGCGCCCCCAACUACUCCCUUGCCCCCAGCAAGCUCAGGCAGAAAACCCACCACACCAGCCUCGAGAAGCGAAUACACAAAACAGCGAUUCAUCCACGCAUCCCCCCAAACCCCCAACAUGCGCUCCACUCCCUCAAUCUCCUCUUCCCUACCUCCCUUCACCUUCGCCUUCCCACUCCCAAAACACACACCCCCCACCCACCUCGGCACCAGCCCAGCCACCCCCUCCGCAGCCCUCCUCCGCAUCCCCGCCGCCUCCUCCCCAACCGGCACCGGCGCCCCACGCGGACUCGGCGCAUUGAGCGGAAAUAGCAAGCCACGGAGCGCCCUCAGCGCCGGCGCGGCUGGGGGCAAGAGACCGAGUAUGAAAUGCGUGGGGGGUGUGAAACGAGAAGGGCAGCGCGAGGCGGAACUCAAGCGAGUUGCUAGCGAGGUAACACAGUUAUCUCCCCCCCGGGCGGAUGCCUCGAUCGGGUAUUCUGUCCCUCCCGCUCAAGGCGCACGCCCGUUCCCAGGCCUAAACCCGGGGGGAGGAUAA